UAACUGUAAAUUAACAUGAAGAUUUUUUCGACCAAACUGAUACUUUUAGGGAUCUUAUGCAGGAUAUAUCUAACCACUGCUAAGUCCAGUGGCCAGAGUGCGGCCAUUAUAUCUGGUACGCAAGCCGCACUCGGUCAAUUUCCCUGGCAUGUUCUUUUCAAAAUAAAAACUGGUAGAGCAAUACAGUUAUGUGCCGGUUCUCUUAUAUCCAAUAAAUGGGUUUUAACAGCUGCUCAUUGUAUUUACAAUAUUAGUAAUAAUCUUGUUAUGGCCUUUGGAACCAUAGAACUGCGCAAUAAUCCAAUUAAUAUGACCUCAACUAAAUUUUUUAUACAUCCUGCCUAUAAACCCAAUGUAUUGACUGAUGAUAUUGGCCUUAUAGAACUACCAACGCCCUUGAAUUUUACCGAUAAUAUAAAAGCUAUAGAUUUGGUCUCAUCAACGGAAACAUCAAAUGAUUUUCUUGCUGCCCAAGGAACUAUAAGCGGUUUUGGUGCGACAAAAGAUAAAGUUGAUAUACCUUCCGAUUGGCUAUUAUGGACCACGGUAGAAAUUCUAAAUAAUAGUGUAUGUGCUCAGAUGUUUCACAUACCAAAUGAUAAUAGAACAAUGUGUGGUAAAGGUUGGAAUGGUAGCAAUCAAUCGCCAUGUUAUGGUGAUUCUGGUGGUGCCUUAGUUUGGAAGAAUCAAUUUGAUAAGUUUGUACAGAUUGGCAUAGUAUCGUUUGCCAAGAGAAACUGUUCGAAUUUCCCAUCGUCUUAUGUAAGACUAACGACUUAUUUAGAUUAUAUACGCAAUAUAACGGGUAUAAAAUUUGAUUAA